ACUUGUGGCUGUUUAUUGGACAAAAAUAAAUUCCAACUGGCCCAUAUAAGAAAUGAAACUCAGCUACAAAAAUGUAAUGAUAUUUAUUCACACAGUUGCCAGCAAACUCACAUGCCCCAUGAGUCAUUCCAGAUGUGGAUAAAAACAAAGUCUGUCUGUGAAAGUAAGUUUCCUGAUCCCGAGGAGACUUGGUUUGAGAGAGGAGCUGCACACUGACUUCAGCUGUACUCAGAAGAACAGACAGGUUCUCCUUCAAAGGGGGAGGGGGAAAGGAAAAGCCAUUUAUUUAUUCCUGAAAAGAAAGGAGGUAGGAAAUUAAAAAUCAGCUAUACAGCUAGACAUACGUAUUUUAAAGAGAAAGAUGCUUUGGAAGACUUUGCUGCUGCUGCUGUUCUAUUACAGUGCUCAUGCCACUGUGACCCACAGAUGGAGCAGAGCUAUGCUUUUCCCAGCUGCUCAGCGAUUCAAGAGGUCUUCAGCUGGCUUCCUUAACCCAGUGCUACAAAACUCGCUGGAAGAUGUGGUCCUGCUUUAUGAGUUUCUUUUAGCUGAGCUUGACAUUGACAAAGGUCAGAGGAUCUCCAUCAAAGAUGAGGAGCUUGCUUCACUGAGGAAGGCUGCUGAGUUUGACACCAUCUGCAAUGAGAUUAUUCCCAAGAGCAUCACAGAGAUCCGCAGGCUGAGUAGCAGGCUGUCUUCCUACCCAAGGGUCCUCAAGAAAGAAGACUUUGAAAGGACAGUGCUGACCAUGGUCUAUACAGCCUACAGGGCUGCUCAGUCCCAGGGGCACCAGAAAGACGCUUGGGCUGAAUCCUUUGUCAAUCUUUACAAAGCGCUGAAGCACGACUUGAUGUUCCCAUACAACAAAGAGCCAUCAUAGUGGGAGACUUGAUGCAACGACAACUCAGCCACCUCUUCUGGUUGAUAAGGGACACGUAGCACGUCCACCACUUUAUUCUAUAAAGAGUUUAAUAGCCUGCUUCAAAAGAUUAUUUGUUUUCUAGCUCCCUCUUGUGGAAUCCACUUUAUAGUUCCAUGUUAAAUGGGAAAAAAUGUUGUCUUGGGAAUUCAAUUUUUGUGCUCACUUGGAGGCACAUUCUGUGACAGGCAAAGUAGGGAGUCCGGUGUACAUGCCAGACAGAUAUGCCCUUGUGUCAUCUUGUGGGUUUCCUAUAAGCAAUACAUAAGUAUACUAUCCUUGUGCUCACGUACCUAAGUGUAUGUGCUGGAGAAUGCUGCUUUCCUAGCUGGGGAAACAAGUUCAUAUUUUGGUUGGCCAGUAAAAGAAUGUUAUACAGAAAUGCAAAAGUCCUCUAUAAGUAGAAGAGGUUUCAUAACUUUCAGUCUUCAGAAAUUAUGCCACUUAUUAUUCAUUCCAAGUAUUCUUGUAAAUAAGCACUGUCUGAUUCACUUCAUUUGGCUGAGCCGGUUUUUAAUGGCAAUAACAUCUGCAGAAGACAAAGGGCAUUGUGAACACCAGCAGCAAACAAUGCCUGUGAACAUAUUGCCUGCUUCAUAGAGCCACCCUCCCAAACAGUCUGCAAUGAUUCUUUCAUUAUUUGCAUGACCGUGUUUCUGCUCCUUGUCUUUUGACAGGAACAUGGAUUUGUUCUCAGUGAAGUCAAAGGCAAGACAAAGACCCUGUUUAAUUUAAUGAUGACCCAUUUUUCCUGGUUCUAUCACUUGAACUAGUAGGUCACCUAAACCCAUACUUCAGAAUCCCCUGAGGCAAGGGAGGAAGGUGCAUUAAAACAUAACUGGUGCUGAAUUUAGCAGUGUGGCUCAUUUUUGAUAGCAAACUAUAUAUCCACUUGUGUGUAUGUGUGUGUGUGUGUGUUCAUGUAUGCGUGUGCACUUAAGUGCUGAGUACAUGGAAGAAUCCUAAACUGUUCAGUCAGGAAAAAAUUGCAUCCAACCACUUAGCAGAAAAGGCCAUUCACCACAUCCAGUUGUGGGAAUUAUGAAUUUUGGAGCAGCGGAAAAGCAGUACUUGUUUACAGCAAAAAUUGUUUGUAGAAAUAGUGCAACUGAUUAUUAUAAACUGGAAAAAAAUCACGGACAGAAGACGGAGAUAAAAAGGAGAUAUAUAUAUCUUGUCAGAUAGCUGACUAGCAAUGAAAGAUCCAAACUAUUCUAAAGCAUUUUCCUCUAUUUUUUGUGAAAAAAUUAUAUGAACUCUGUUUCUCUAUUGUAAUUAGAGGUGCUUCUACUUCCAAAGCACAGAAAAACAUCUGAACAUUUAUUUCACCUUUCAUACCAACACUAUCUCUCUACUUGCAUCAUAUCUUAAGGAUACAGGCCCAAAUCACAAAUCCCUGAAGGUGUAAAAGUGAACUGAGGGUUCCAACCCUGUUUCUGAAUCGUGAUUAAUUUCUUUUGCAUCACUUGAGCAAAAGGAAUGAACUCUUCAGUGUCCCUUAACAGGGAUACCCCAAGGACUGGACCUGAAAAAAUUGAUCCAGCACCACCUUGUUGCAGCAAACAGCAAAUAGUGCAAGCAGUCAGAGUGCACUGGGUUUGGCAAUCACCUGUGGGAAUGUGGGAAGACAGCAGCUUUAGGGGCAGGCUGACAAUGGCAUAAGCAGCUGGGCAAAGGGCCUAUAAAAGACACAGACAGCCCUGUUUCACCCAGCAGCUUCUGUAUGUGUAUGCAUGAGCAUGCAUGUUUGCAUUGAGACGCACAUAUGUGUAGGUGCACUUUUAAACCUGAAGAUGUUUCUUGGCCAUCUUCAAAGACUGGCCGGCAUACGGCAAAUGAAACUGAGAAGCUCAGCCACAAAGCUAUGAGCCAUAAGUACCUCUGUCUCCUCUAUGUGCACACACAGCUCAGCACCCACAAAUCAGCCUUGUGCUUUAAGCUUUCAGCAUCAACACUGAUGAUCUGUUUGUGUUUUCUUCUUACGCCAUGCUUCACAAACACAUGGAGGGGAAACGCCAUGGACUGCACUUCUGCCUUUCCAGCUCUCCUUGGCUCCCUGAAGCAGCACUUGCUGGAAUAGUCUGGAACCCGGGCAAUUCAUAAAUCCCUUACAGCCAGUGAUGCCAAAUCUGCAAAAAUAACCAGAGAGCACCAAAGCAAGUAUUAAUUGUUAGCAGUCACCAUCCAGAGAAAUGCCUCCUAGUCACACUCCUCACCCCACAACAGGACUGUUUAGCAGGCAGAGUUUACUAAUCAUAAGUAUCCCAUGGAAAAUAAUUACCGAUAAUUCUGAAUAUUGGAUCAUCCCCUAUGGCAUAUAUACCUUACUGUACCUUACAAAUUGGUAAUAGAAACGUUUAUCUCCUCAGCAGAAGAUAGUUUUUCUGAGUUUGUUUCCCUCCUCCCAUUACUGUGUGUAGUGUAGGAAAAAGAUCUAUUCCUUGGGAAUGUGCUCGGACUGCCCAGGUUAAUUUAACUGAGACGAUCAAUGUAAUAAUAAAAAUAUUCUACAUAAAACUAA